UGGGAAAGAACGAAGACCUAACAAAGGUGGAAAAUUCCAGCAUCUUCGUGCAUGUUUGGACGGCAUAGCGCUGGAUGCAAUUCGCUCUCUAGAGCCCACGGAAAAUAAUUACGACAGGGCUUUGGAAUUAUUAACCUCGAGAUUUGAUAAUAAAUUAUUGCACUUUCAGGCUCAUGUUCGGUCUUUAUUCAAGCUACCAGGGGUGGAGAAGGGAUCCGCAAGUAGCCUGCGGCAGUUGAGCGACAAGGCAAAUUCUCAUUUGCGCGCCCUGGCUACUAUGGCCUCUACGAAGGAAAUCUAUGACGGCCUUUUAAUCCAUCUCAUCGUUUCAAAACUGGACAUUCAGACCCAGGAGAGGUGGGAAGAAGGGUUGCCUUCCAAGGAGCUGCCAAAUUGGGAUAAAUUCUCAUCGUUUUUGGAUCUUAGAUGCCGCAUGAUGGAAAAUUUGGAAUACGCUAUGAAAACCCAGAUGAUAUUAGUGUUCUUACGCCUGCACACUUUCUCAUUGGAUCUACAUUCACCGCAAUGGAUGAGCCUGAUGUCACCCAUCUGAACAUCGACCGCUUGAGCCGGUGGCAGCGUGUAUGCCAAAUGCAGCAAACCUUCUGGCGCAAAUGGAGCGCCGACUACCUUUCGCUGCUGCAGGAUCGGACCAAAUGGCGCCUUCCUGUGAGCAGCAUACAGGCAGGAAGCAUGGUCCUCAUCAAGGAGGACAACAUACCCCCUUUGCGGUGGCGCCUCGGCAGGAUCGAGAGCACCAUCUCCGGAGAGGAUGGCGUCGAACGAGUUGCAGUCAUCCGAACCGACUCUGGACUAUGCAAGCGGGCAAUGAGGAAGCUGGCGGUACUGCCCCUUGAAACCACUUCACUUGGAAGCAUGACUCUUCCAACGGGGGAGCAUGUUUCCGACUCAUGCUGCGGACUUACAGGCCCAAACCAUAACGUGUCCGCCGUCAUGGUUAACGGUGGGUUUUAG